AUGGUGCUGGUGAUUAAGGUGCCGAUAGCAAGUCCAGACAAUGGGAAUCUAGCAAGUGUGAAUCCGGCUGCUCGUAUGACCUGUUUUGGCAUUAACAUCUCUGCUACUGUGAAGGCAAUGAAUCUUGCGACAGUUGCAAAAGUAGCAUCAGCAGCAUCAGCUGUUUUUGCUGGCGCAUCCCUGUUCGGCACCACUGUUGAGCAAAUGUCCCGCAACAAAGACACAGGCAGAAAUGUCACCAUUAAAAUCAUCAAUUACAGCAACACAUUCAUCUUAACAAAUCCAAGGUCCCACAACAUCAGUGGAUACUGUCACCAUCCUCCACAACCUACCAUCAAAAAAAUGAAAGAAGAGGAAUGCUUGUUUUCCAAAACCCCUUACGCAGCCUGUGGUUCUGUCGGGGUCCUGACGUACCAAAUUCAAAAAGAAAAAUCAAACCCUGUCGGUGAACUGGCCAUCAUGUUCUCUGUGCCUUAUGACUACACCUGGUACGAAAACUGGUUUGCUCUCGGCAUCUUUGAAGUAAACAUUCCAUGUGAUUAUGAUCUAUUUAAACAAAUGUAUUAUGAUAAUGUUGAUGACGAUGGUCAAUUCACCAGAAAGAAAGCUGCAGGGGAUGUCAUAAUACAUUUGGGAGAAGGAGCUCUGGUGAAGGGAACAAUGUCUGAUGGAGGUCAAUCAAUUAUUAAGGUUGAAUUGUGGGAUGAGGGUCAAAAUGCAUGUACCAAAACUGAAGAGGCAAACUGACCCAGAUCGAACACAUACUGUUCAGUGCAAAAGUCUUAGGCCAUCUAAGCUCUCCUGGCGGUCCAGCAUUAACAGUCACCAUCCAAUAUGUAAUUUAGCAGUCCUUGAUUACAUGAAAUCAGGUGAUGAACAAAUCUAUGGGAUGAACCAAACAUGUGUUCUUUGAACUGUAUUCAUCCAAUCUACACAUUCAGAACUUUACUGAAAAUAAUACAUUCUGAAUACUGUAUUUAUGAUUAUUUAUACUGAUAUUUUCUGGUCUUUUCUCUGCUUGUUUUGACUAUUUUCU